GAGGGAAGUCAAAGCCAGUCUGCCACACGCUGACAGUGACUAGUGUGUUAGCAAAGCUUCAAAUCUGUCAGUUUUACCACCAAGACUUUGUGUACGGACGUAAUGUGGACACUAAUGACAAGCUAGCGCUUAAAAUUAAAGGCCGUAAACUUUUGGGUUAGCCUGACAACUCUUAACGCUGCCUUUAAGAGUUUGCAGCCAUGGCGGGGAAGGGGCGCGGGGUGGCUGCGUUCACCUUCAACAUUGAUGCACUGGGCAUCGGCCGGGGCAGCAUGCCAGAAGCCAGGGUGGGGCCCGAUCCACUCUUUCCACCCACAGACUUCAAGCCAGUCCCGCUAAAGGUCGGCGAGGACGAGGACUACAUGCUGGCUCUCAAACAGGAGAUGAGGGGAACUAUGCAACGGAUGCCUCACAACAUCAAGUUUAAGACCAAUAAGGCAGAUGUGGAGAAAUACACACAGAGAUACUUAAAGAAGAACGAGGUACAUGAUGACGAAUGGACACCAGACUGGAAUGUCUUCCCAAAAGAACUGAUGCCACAAAAGAAAACCAGAGUAAAAGCAGGGCCAAAGAAGAAAAGGGUGAAGAUAUCCAGCAAAGAUACAGAAGAUGUGUUGACCAAAUUGAAUGAGCUGGAAAAGAAAGAUGACAAUGACAAAUCAGAUGAGGAACAACCAAAGACCAAAGGAAAUGAAGAUGAGGAGGAGAUUGAAGAGGAGGAAUAUGAAGAGGAGGAAGUGGAAGACAAUGAUUACAUUGACAACUACUUUGACAACGGAGAAGACUUCGCUGCAGGCAGUGAUGACAAUAUGGAUGUACUCUCUUGGCCAUCUGAAAGUAAAGACAUCCAAGGUAAUUCAAAACUUUCAAUACUAAUAAGUGUAGAAUGGCUCCUGAAAUAUAUUAAUUCAAUGUAAAUUAAACAAUGUGCACAAUCAUCUUUUCCAACAAAUGGAAAAUGCAGCAUGGACCAAAUACAGUACAAUGACUUUAAAGAUGACAUAUUAUAGAAACUUGUGUUUGGAGGUGUCCAUGUGCCACACACAGUAUGAAGAUUUCCCUCUCUGAAAAUGCUUUUAUGGUCUUUAUAGUUACUCAUGGAGCUACCAUAAGUCGAAGCCAAGCUAGUCGCCGUGCUCACCAUUGGCCCAGUUGUAUAUGGGGGUGUUCAUUUGCAUGAGACAGGACCACCCUCUCCAAACAGGCUAAUUUCAGCAAGAAAUAGGGUAUGAAGAGUGACCUAUAAUUCUUGAUCCCUGGUAUUUUGACAAAAGCACGUCACACACAUUAAGACACUGCUUUAAAUUGUGAAAAAAAACAGUCCCUUUUAUAAUCAAAAAGCACAAACUUUUU